AGAACAUUCGAACAUUCAAUAAUUCACGAUGGCACUAACACCUAAAAGAAUGAACGCAAUGAACGCCAAUAUUGAUGCAGAAUGUCCCAUCUGUCAAUGCAAAAUGAUUGUACCAACAACUAUUCCAGCCUGUGGCCACAAAUUUUGUUUUAUUUGCCUGAAAGGAGUUUAUAUGAAUGAUAUGGGUGGAUGCCCAAUGUGUCGUGGGCCCAUCGACUCGAAUAUUUUCGCCCAGCCGAGUCAAGUUUUGGAUCUCAAAAUGAAUGUGCCAAAAUCUCCAAUUGUUACACUGAAACCAAAAACUGCGGCGACGCUAAACUCCAACCAAAACGUUCCUGCGCUCGACUUGGAUGCUUCGAUCUGUGAUCCUGAAGAGAGAAAGUAUUGGAUAUACAGUGGAAAGAAUCAAGGAUGGUGGCGAUUCGAACCACGUAACGAACGAGAAAUCGAAGAAGCAUACAAUGCCGGAAAAUGCCACUGUGAAGUUGUGAUCUGUGGUCGACCAUACGUUAUCGAUUUCCACCAGUUUCUUCAAUAUCCAAGAGGAGUUCCGAAUCAGGCUCGUCACGUGAAGCGUGUAUCAGCUGAUGAUUUCGAUGGAAUUGGUGUGAAAGGACUCGCUGGAAUUUUCGUCCCUACUUCAUUAAUAUCCAUGUUCAAUGAUUGCUGUAAUGUAAAACCGGUCUCAAAAUCUAGUUCAAAAUAUGUGGUACAUACAUUUGGUGCAUUUUACUAAUCAUCUCCUCGACGUUUCUGUGAAUAAAUGUUCGGUAUUUGAAAAA